CAUCCCUCAGCAGGAAGAUGGAUGACUUUCGGGAGCGGUUGUCCCGGCGCCCCCAGCUCGCUAUAGGGAGACGUCAGAGCGCUCCGGUCUGCUGUGGAGGAGCCCCCAGCCCCCCCUCGUCAGGGCUUUCUUAUAAAAUCGGGGCCUGGUGGAGGCUGCAGCAGUGGCGCGGGCGGCGGCGGCGGCACAGCUUCUCCGAGGUCCUGGUCCAGCGGUCACUCGUCCUCGGGGACGGAGCGCUCUCCACCCAGCCUCGCCGCGCGCUCCAAGGGCUUCCUUCCAGGACCAUGCGCGGCCGCGAGCUGCCGCUGGUUCUGCUGGCGCUGGUCCUCUGCCAAGCGCCUCGGGGGCCGGCCGCCCCGGUGCCGGAGGCCAGAGAGACCGUGCUGGCCAAGAUGUACCCGCGCGGCAACCACUGGGCGGUAGGGCACUUGAUGGGGAAAAAGAGCACAGGAGAGACCCCGUAUGUUUACAAAGGAGGGAGCUUGAAGCAGCAGCUGCCGGAGUACAUUUUGUGGGAAGAAGCUGCGAGGAAUUUGCUCAGCCUCAUAGAAGCAAAGGGGACCAGGAGCCAUCAGUCACCUCCAAGGGGAGCCCCUGGGUAUUCGCCAGUGUACUUGGGAUUCCAAGAUUAGCAGCAACUUUAAAGAGGUUCUGAACAUGAAGGAAGGAACUCCCAGCUGAACUGACAAUGACAAUGACAGCCUCUCUCAAGCAAAACAAAACCCUGAAGAGACUGCGUUCCAAGGGUAUCAAUUCAACGGGAUCAUUAACAAGAUUUCGUGUGUGCAAAAUACUUAACUAUUCUUGUACCUUUCAACCUUGACUAAAUUCAUGAUUUCCAAGCAGCAUCGUCUGCUUUGAACUUGUUUUGUUGUGGGUAAUUGUCUGUUAAGAGUCUUCCAACUGAUGCUUUUCACAUCUAGGCUAUGUGUCAAUUACAUUCCAGUCCUCGACCUGCUACCAUUCACAAUAAAAGCUUAAACACAUUGUCCAGGGCAGGUAGUUCUCUUAUUUCAAUUCCAAAUGAGAGGACAGUGUGGCAGAGAUUAAGAAAUAGCUUGAUAAUUAACUUGUGUGCUCAUUGAUGAAGGCAGGCUGUUCUCCCCUCUGAAGACCCCUUCCUGAAUCCUUGUUGUGACUUACAGCCUUUCUAGAGGCUACUGUUAGAAGCUUACUCUCUCUAUCAUUACCAUUAGAUGCACUACGUUGAAAGUAGGGGCCUCGUUCAUCACUUAAUAGUUCCCAUUUCUUCAGCCCUAACCGUGACCAGAUAUUUUCCUGAUGUGAUUGGUAUUCUCCUCAUAACAGUUUGACGAGCUGAGAAUAAACAUUCUUGCUUAAAGAAGGAAACAGAGGGUUAGAGAGGUCAAGUGACUUGCCCAAGGUCACAUAGUAGGUGGAACUGGGAUUCAAACAUCCAAAGAUUGCUCUGCAGCAUUUAACACUUUCUACAUUGCCUAAUUUUAAGUCUCCCUUUCAGUAUAUUUAAAUAGAACCAUUUCUUCAAAAUUUCAUUUUCAGUCUUGGAGGAGAAGUAGUUUCCACAGCCAGAUUUAGUCUGAUCCACGGCAAAAGGCGACAAUGAUUUCAAGAGAUUCCCUUCCACUUUCGGAGAACAUGGCCUAGUAGUUUGUAACAACACUCACUAAUUCCAUUUUUAUCAUGACAUUCACACGUUUACAGACUUUAAAGCUUCGUGCCAUAUGCUUUGAUUUCCUUCAUUUAGAGAAAUCACAUUUGAAACAGUAAAGAGA